AUGGUAGGUGAGCUGUUCGGACCACGAAUUGAAUUGGCUCCAGUCAAAAUUUACGGCUACAAGAUUAGCAAAUUGAUGUCAGGCAUGGAGGUCGACGUUGUGAAGAAAAAGGGGAAAAAGAAGCGCAAUUCUCAUAAGCAUAAACGUAACGGCACCAAGCGUAUUCGUGUCGAGAGUGAGCUUGCCAAGGCACUGAAAGCUCUUGUGUUGGAGAACAAAGGCAAGCCGAAACAAAAGCCGAAAAAGAAGCCAAAACAAAAGGUGGACAAGCCAGCACGUGCGGUCGUGAAGCCCGUCCCACCGCGUCAUGUGAACCACGGCAUCUGUCACAUCAAAUGCCGUCACACUGCUUAAAUGUUCUGUGUUCCUGGUGUUCUGUGGUACGUCCUCAACUUGUUGUGUUUUUGUAGACUAGUUACAAUUGUCUGUUCUAUAUAAUCUUUACCGUCAAUCAUUGUUAAAACCUUUGGAAGAAAUUUGUAAUCUUUGCUAAGUAUUCUUUACUUUAUUGGGUAAAUUGUUCAUUGUUUGAUAAUUCCGUAGGUUUCUUAUCGAUUAUACAAAAGUAUUCUAAAGUAAUUAUCACCCCAAAUUUUAUAAAUGUUAUUCUGUUUGAAUUUGUUGAAAAUACUUAGGUAAAAUUAGAACCAAAGUUACCUACUGUUAGUUAUAUCUUUAUAUUAUUUGUUAUCAUGUGGACUGGUUUAGGCUGUGGAUUUGUAUUUUUAUACUUAAUUUUAACCCAGAUAUGUCUCUAUUUAUACAGCUCUAUCGCUAUUGUUUUUAAAUGUGCUUGCUAUAUUGUCACAUGCAUAUCUAUCUAUUUGUUUCACGUUGUUCAGAUAU